AUGCCGCCCCCGAUCCGCGAGGUGACAGCUGCGCACCUCCAGACCCUCACGCAGCACCUAAAGCAGCGCCGCUGGCCCCAGCCGACGAAGUUCCGGAACCCGCCCUGGCUCGCCGCCUUCGCCGACUGCACUCCUCAAGCAUUGCAACAGCGCUGCAGCACAAACGAGACCCUCAAAAUCCUCCGCGUCGAGGCUCAGGUCAACGAAUCGGGAGGCGACUACCACGGCGACGAGGUACGAAGAAGGGACGUGUCUAUCAAAUUGACGUCGGUGCUGAGCCUGCUCGAAGCGCACGGCGACGCGCAGCAUUGGCUGCGGGAGGCGACGGACGGCGCUGAAUAUUAUUUGGCCCAAGCACCGUUGUACGCCAUAACCUCGGAAGGUAGUGAGACGCGCCAUGCGCUGGCGGACCUCGUCCUAUCAUCAAAGGGCAGCCCUAUGCCGCCCUGGCUCGCCGGGUCCUGCACGUUAAAUCUGUGGCUCUCGCCUGGAGCAACCUCUUCCGCCCCGCACUGCGACGAGUCGCACAACGUCCUGACGGUGUUGCGUGGGCGCAAGACCGUGCUGCUGCUCCCGCCGUCAUCUGGCGCUGACUUGGGCGCGCUGCCGGCGUGGUCGGCGUCGCCGCACCACUGCCAAUGUUCAUCUGAAGAAGCGGCGCGGCACCCCUCUGCUUGCACGGUUACAAUUGGUGUCGGUGAAGCUUUAUUAAUACCAGCAGGGUGGUAUCACGCCGUCGCUUCUCCUGCAGGAACGGUUGCGGUCAACUGCUGGUGGCAGCCUUCUGUGUGGAAAUCAAAUUUUACGGCGCGUUCACGCUGAAUCUUCGCGUCGACCUCCACGCCAUCGAUGCGACGCCUGCUCGAUGACGUGGCGAUGCCGAUUCCUCACCGCUCGACGGAGCCAGCACGGCACUGGUUGAUUUCCACACAGGCCGCCUUCACUGAUGUGCCGGGCUCCGGAGGCGCUCGCGGCGCUGGCGUUCCGGAAACGCAGUCCGCAACUCGCGUUCUUCGCGAGGAGGGCAUUAAUUCGCCGGCAGCGAGCGGCCGUCGACGCGGCGGCCGGCGAGUUAAGACUCGCGGAUUUAUUGAGGGCGGCCUCUACGUACCCGACGCGGUGGCGCCGGCGCCUCGAAACCGCGCCGCCGGCGGCCUGCGCGGCGCUCUACGCGCUCUGGACGCGCGAGGCCGACGGCGCCUGCGAGCCCCUGCUUGAGGUGUUUGCGCCCGACGAGCGCGGCGCCGUCGUCGCGCGGCUGCGGCGCGGGCGCGACCGCUUCGCGCGCGCGGUCUUUCGGAAGUUGUGUCGGCGGUUGCGGCGGCGGCGGCGACGGCGUUUGUAG